CUCCCUUUUGUUUAGUUGGUCAGUAGAAACGUUUGCUAAAAGAGGCUUCAAGGUUGCAUUGAAACAUUUGAUUGUUUUCGAAAUCGAACGAGCUAUUCUACAAGCGCUUUAAGGCCACGACGCUCGGAUAGGAAAGUUCCAGAGCAAAAAGGAGAAUCCGACGAGGCCCGAGGAGCCCGACGGACAAACCAGACGGUUCACCAAACCUUCGUGUAUUUGUAGCGAAUGUGCUCAAGUCUCGCACAGGAGGUCCAUCAUGACUUUAGGGGACCCAAACAUCAUCCGUGCAAUCGUCGUGUCCGGUUGGAGUCGUCUCGGUGCACGUUGAAGCUUCUCGGCCUAGCCUAGCCUAGCCUAGCCUAGCUUAGCUUGCUAGCAAAGAGACGCGUUGGGGAUCAACACGUCGCUUAAGCAGAGCUCAAGCGUGAACAUAGAAGUGUUGUCGUGUGAAAAUGUUUGCGAGAAGGACAGCAGAGUACGAGGAGGAGCCCCAAAGUCAACUGCCGGACGCUGUUUGCAAGAUGCCGCCUCGAGAUGUGUUAAACACAGCAGACAUCCGUGAAGAUCUUUGUCCUGCGUGGCAGGAGCCAAAGCUCCCUCACCUUAAAGAGGAAGUGGAGGACAAACAGGUCCUCCAAGUGGAAUUGGAGCUUACUUCAAUGAUAAAAGAGGAGGAGCCAAAGUGCCCCCUCAUCAAACAGGAAGAGGAGGAGGAGGACAUCACCAGUUUUCCAUCGACUGGUUUUCCUUUGAAGCACGAAGAUGAACGUCAAAGUGAGGAGAACAGAGUGGCGGAGCCUCCAAACAGCAGCUCAAGUCAACACAUGACAAGAGAAGGUGAUGGAGGAUCACAAGCUGAUGGUCUCUUAGCCCCACUAUCAGAUAGUGACGACAUGAUGUCAUACUCUCCUCACAAUGGUGAUGAUGAACAGCCUGAAAGUGAUAUGGCAUGUCACACUAACAACAAACGAUGGAAAUGUUCGCAGUGUGGGAAAACUUUGGCUUAUAAGAGGAAUUUGAAACAACACAUGAAAAUGCACACUGGAGAAAAACCCAUUGCUUGCUCAGUUUGCAGUAAAAGAUUCACUAAGAAGGGUGACUUAAAAAAGCACACAAGAACACACACUGGUGAGAAACCUUUUGCCUGCUCAUUUUGUGGUCAAAGGUUCACACAGAAGGGUGACUUAAAAACACACACAAGAAUCCAUACUGGUGAGAAACCUUUUGCCUGCUCAGUUUGUGGUCAAAUGUUCACACAGAAGGGAACCUUAAAAACACACACAAGAACCCACACUGGUGAGAAACCUUUUGACUGCUCAAUUUGUGGUCAAAAGUUCACACAGAAGGGAACCUUAAAAACACACACAAGAACCCACACUGGUGAGAAACCUUUUACCUGCUCAGUUUGCGGUCAAAAAUUCUCAGGAAAGGGAACCUUAAAAACACACGCACGAACUCACACUGGUGAGAAACCUUUUGCCUGCUUAGUUUGUGGUAAAGGAUUCAAUGAAGAGGAACACUUAAAAAGACACACUCGAACCCACACUGGUGAGAAACCGUUUUCCUGCUCAGUAUGUGGUCAAAGAUUCUCUGUAAAGGGAACCUUAAAAACACAUACAAGAACCCAUACUGGUGAGAAACCAUUUUCCUGCUCAGUUUGCGGGCAAAGAUUCUCUGUAAAGGGAAACUUAAAAACACACACAAGAACCCACACUGGCGAGAAACCUUUUCCUUGCACCGUUUGUGGGCAAAAAUUCUCUCGUAAGACUGGGGCUAAGACCCACAAGUGUGCUGGUGAGAAUCACGCUGAUCAAGAAGCUAGAAUUGGAAAUGUUAGGUUAAGUUAGGUUUAUUCGAUUAGCUUUCAUUCACAGAUUAAUUUCAGAAAAGCAACAGGGUGAAGCCGAUCGAAAAGGCGCAGAUUGAGGCCAUCCAUGGUUUACUAUGCAUCUGAUGAGCUUUACAAAAAAACAAAGACUUCAUUCAUUCAUUCAUUCAUUCAUUUCCCACACCGCUUCUCCUCACUAGGGUCACGGGCGUGCUGGAGCGCAUCCCAGCUAUCAUCGGGCAGGAGGCGGGGUACACCCUGAACUGGUGGCCAGCCAAUCGCAGGGCACAUAGAAACAACCAUUCGCGCUCACAUUCACACCUACGGACAAUUUAGUGUCUUCAAUUAAUGGUAACCUCCGUCCAAAAUGAUCAUGUACUUUGUGCCUGUAUCUGUAUUCAUAGUUUCAGUGUCAUUGGGAAUAUGUGAAAUAAA